CCGCCAGUGCCCAACAUGGCGGCGGGCGGCGGCGGCGGCACCGGGGGGACGCCGCUCCGCCCGGGCCCCUUCCCGUUCCCUCCGCCGCCGCUGCCGCCGGCGCUUCUCCCGCUGCUGCUGCUGCUGCUGCCGCUGCCCGGCAGCGCCGCCGCGCCCUCCGCCGACACCGUGGUGCUGGGGCUGCGCUUGGAGGAGAGCAGCAAACCGGCGGCGCCGCCCGCCGCCGCGGAGGAGCAGCGCGGGCCCAUCCGCCUGACGGAGGGCAGCGAGGCCUUGCUCCGCCUCUACGGGCUGGGGCUGGGCCCCGGCGCGGCGCAGCGCGUGGCCUUCGCCGAGCUGCGGCCUCACGGCAACGCCUCGAACGGUAACGCCACGUGCCGGGAGCGCUCGCAGGACCUGCUGGUGCGGCCCGGGCCCGCCGAGCCCCGCGACACCUCGGCGCUGCUCCGCCUGCGGGUGCAGCCGCUCCGCAAGCACGAGCGGGCCAAGACCUACGUGCUGUGCUCGCAGCGCCGGCCCGGCCAGCCCUGGCUGCCGCACCAGGGCGCGGACGGGCACGUCGUGGUGCUGGAGGAGAAGAAAUCGCUGCUGCCGCUGUGGCUGCAGGUGAUUCUGAUCGCCGGGUUGUUGGUGCUGUCCGGGAUGUUCAGCGGGCUCAACUUGGGGUUGAUGGCGUUGGACCCCAUGGAGCUGAGGAUCGUGCAGAACUGCGGCACCGAGAAGGAGAAGCGCUACGCCCGCCGCAUCGAGCCCAUCCGCAGGAAGGGGAAUUACCUGCUCUGCUCCUUGCUCUUGGGGAACGUGCUGGUCAACACCACGCUGACCAUCCUGCUGGACGACCUGAUCGGCUCCGGCAUCGGCGCCGUGGUGGCCUCCACCAUCGGCAUCGUCAUCUUCGGCGAGAUCGUGCCGCAGGCGCUGUGCUCGCGGCACGGGCUGGCCGUGGGCGCCAACACCAUCGUGGUCACCAAGUUCUUCAUGCUGGUGACCUUCCCGCUGUCCUACCCCAUCAGCAAGCUGCUGGACUGCGUCCUGGGCCAGGAGAUCGGCACCGUCUACAACCGGGAGAAGCUGGUGGAGAUGCUGAAGGUGACGGAGCCCUACAACGACCUGGUGAGGGAGGAGCUCAACAUGAUCCAGGGAGCGCUGGAGCUGCGCACCAAGACGGUGGAGGACGUGAUGACGCCGCUGCAGAACUGCUUCAUGAUCAACAGCGACGCCAUCCUGGACUUCAACACCAUGUCGGAGAUCAUGGAGAGCGGCUACACGCGCAUCCCGGUCUACGAGGACGAGAGGUCCAACAUCAUGGACAUCCUCUACGUCAAGGACCUGGCCUUCGUGGACCCCGACGACUGCACGCCCCUCAAGACCAUCACCAAGUUCUACAACCACCCCGUGCACGUGGUGUUCCACGACACCAAGCUGGACGCCAUGCUGGAGGAGUUCAAAAAGGGCAAGUCCCACCUGGCCAUCGUGCAGAAGGUGAACAACGAGGGCGAGGGCGACCCCUUCUACGAGGUGCUGGGGCUGGUGACGCUCGAGGACGUCAUCGAGGAGAUCAUCAAGUCGGAGAUCCUGGACGAGUCCGACACCUACAUUGACAACCGCAGCAGGAAGAGGGUGUGCAACCAGAAGAACCGACGGGACUUCUCGGCCUUCAAGGACCCCGACAACGAGCUGAAGGUCAAGGUGUCACCUCAGCUCCUGCUGGCCGCCCACCGCUUCCUGUCCACCGAGGUGACUCUCUUCACGCCCAACUUCAUCUCGGAGAAGAUCCUGCUGCGGCUCCUCAAGUACUCAGAUGUCAUCCAGGAGCUGAAGUUCGACGAGGAGAACAAGAAAUCCCCACGGCACUUCCUGUACUGCAAGAACAAAGCGGCCGACUACUUCAUCCUCAUCCUGCAGGGCAAGGUGGAGGUGGAGGCUGGCAAGGAGUGCAUGAAGUUCGAGGCGGGAGCCUUCUCCUACUACGGGGUGAUGGCCCUGAGUCCUCCUCCUGGAUCUGAAAUCCGUUCCCCGUCCCACAUGAGCGGCCUGAACCGCUCGGCCUCGCUCAGCUACCACGAGCGCUCGGAGUCGGGCUCGUCGCCGGUCAGCGGCAGCAACAACCAGCUCAACGCCGGCGGCGCCCAGUACGUGGCCGACUUCAGCGUCCGCGCCCUCACCGACCUCCAGUUCGUCAAGAUCACGCGGCAGGAGUACCAGAACGGGCUGCUGGCCUCGCGCAUGGACAGCUGCCCCCAGUCCCCCGACAGCGCCGCGCCCCGGCCCGACGCCGCCAUCCCGGAGAAACCGGAGCCGGCGGCACCGGCCGACGAGACCACGAGCCUGCUCAACGAGAGGAACUGCCUGAGCCGCCGCAGCAACCACAGUGGCCUGGAGAACUCCAUCUGACCCCGGCCGCGCCGGCGCGCUCCGGCGUCGGCGUGCCCGCUGCGGGGCCUUGCCCGGUAGGACGAGCCGGUGGAGGAGGAGGAGGAUGAGGAGGAUGAGGAGGUGGGGAUGGAGGAGCUUUGGGAUUUGCUGCUGCUGCUGCUGCUCUGCCAGGCCGGCUCGGUUUGGGAUGGACGGAGCGGCGCGGGCGGCACCGGCACCGCCGGCACAGCGCCGACGGCUCAGGGAGCUUCGGGUCUCGGUUUGCCGCCGUGGGGACCCUCGGGAUGGAAAUCCCAAUCCUGCCAGGAAAUCUGGGAUGGAAAUUCCAACCCUGCCAGGAAAUCUGGGAUGGAAAUCCCAACCCUGCCAGGAGAUCUGGGAUGGACAUCCCAACCCUUCCACCAAUCCCAGGAUGGACAUCCCAACCCUGCCAGGAAAUCUGGGAUGGACAUCCCAUCCCUGCCAGGAAAUCUGGGAUGGACAUCCCAUCCCUGCCAGGAAAUCUGGGAUGGAAUUCCAACCCUGCCAGGAAAUCUGGGAUGGACAUCCCAAUCCAAAUCCUUCCAGGACCCUCAGGAUGGACAUCCCAACCCUUUCAGGGUCCAUCCCAAUCCUUCCAGGAACUCCAACCCUUCCAGGAAUCCCAGAAUGGACAUCCCAACCCUGCCAGGACCCUCAGGAUGGACACCCCAAACCUUUGGGAUCCCUGGAAUGGGAAUUCCAUCUCUUUGGGAUCUCCAACCCCAUUUUGGGGCAGGAAUUCCAAACAUUUGGGGUCUCCUACCCAUCCUAGGACGGGAAUUCCAAACGUUUGGGAUCUCCAACCCCAUUUUGGGGCGGGAAUUCCAAACUUUUGGGGUCUCCUCAGCCCUUUGGGGUCUCCUGCCCCAUUUUGGGAUAUCCUGGCAUGGGAAUCCCGACCCCACUCCGGUGGUUUUGGGGUUUCCUGGAGAAAUCCCAGCCCCGUCCCCGCUGGCCUGGGGAUUUUGGGGUCUGGAUUUUGGGGUCAGGAUUUGGGAUCUGAUUUUGGGGUCUGGAUUUUGGGGUCUGGAUUUUGAGGUUUGGAUUUUGGGGUCUGGACUUUGGGGUCUGACUUUGAGGCCUGGAUUUUGGGGUCUGGAUUUUGGGGUGACACAUCGCUAGUGACCAAAGUUGUACAGGCAGGAGGGGGCUGAGGGUCCCCCCCAAAACCCCCCCUGGGGUUUUUUGGGGUCAGAGAGCUUGACCCCAAAAAAACAAAAAUAAGCACAAAAAAGUUCCCCCUGGGUGAACUCCUGUAAGUUAUUGGGAGAAGGUUGAAUUAUUUUUGUUAAUCACAUCUCGACGAUCAGUUCCUAGCUCCUUCCGCAGGGAGAUUUUAGAAAUAAUAAUAAUAAUAAUUAAUUAAUAAUAAUUAAUAAUUAAUAAUAAGCCAGGAAAGAAAAAAAACAACAAAAAAAUACUUUUUUAUUAAAUCUUCCUCUAUGCAAACCCCUCCUGUUCCUCCCCCCCUUGGGGAAUUCCUAUUUAUUGUUCAGGUUUGAUUUGUAUUUUCUGGGGGCUCUCGGGUCGCGGUGGGGGUUGGGGGGAGGGGCGGGGGGGGCCGGGCCUCCCCCUCCCGGUUCUGCCCCUCCCCCCACGCCCCGGUUGUCGAACCCGCCGUGGAAUUUGUAUUUCACGGGGGUUGUUUUUUGUUUUGAUUUUUUUUUUUUUUUGGCCAGAUGGGUUAAUAAAGAUUCUAUAUCUGUA